AUGAAAUUGAUAUGUUUAAUAUUAAUAUUAUGUAAAGGCGUUGAUUUGGUGAGGGUUGAUGAGGAGGCUGAGCAGGCCCUGUUAAUACCUGUAGACCUAAGAUUAGACGGUGAAAUAGGUCAUCAAAUCCAUAAACUUUACCAUCCUGGCUGUUACGACUCUUAUAUCUUCUCUGGACUCAGGGUUGGCCACACUGACAUUGUCAUUAAUAACCUAAUUAGAGGCAUUAAUUUAGUCUAUUUUGGCGCUAAAACAUUGGUUAACAGGCGUAUUAUCCACACCAUAAUCAAGCAUGAGCUGGAAAUAGUAGAAAUCGUAUCCUACCACACUGGCGUAGGAGACAAGUACGAAUACGUAGAACUGAUUAAAACGCCCGAAGUUUCUUUUUUUAUAGAAAAUAUUAAACAGGCCGUGACAGUUAACUUGGCAGAUUUGAACUCGUUACCACUUUACGUAGACACCAGGAGUCAUCCCAACGGCACUGUUGAAGUAUUUGUCUCUGACAUUUUUAAAGCGUUUGUAAUGCUGGGCGUGGUUAAUUAUGGAGCUAACCUCGUAGAGUCCACGUUCCACAACUGUGUUUACAGGUCCACAGUCUUCAAACCCGUGGAAGAUAACAAGGUACACGUGACUGUGACAAGCUUUCUCAAAAACGGUAAGAGGAAUAAAAACUACUACGACAUUAAUACCGAGGCUAAUAUACAAGGAAGUGUCGUAAAUUACGUCAAAACCACCACCACCUACGUUGGUAACAUUCCAGAAGACUUGGGCUAA